AUGGAGAGUGAAAUCUGUUUUCCAGUUAGAUUGGAUAACCACAAACAUGACAGGAGGGAUUUUGGCACCGACGUGGAUAACCUUAAUGGAAAAUGUCUCCUAGACUCUAACUUCAUUGCUCAUUCCAUUUCCAACCAAGACGCGUUCUGGCUCUCCAACACCGGUGACACCACUGACCUGAGCCGGUGUUUUUACUCCGGAUACGUGAAUGGGGACCGCUAUUCUUAUGCUGCUUUAAGCCUUUGUAAGGGUUUGCGAGGUGCAUUUGGCUUCAGAGAAUGGGAAUAUUUUAUCAGCCCGGUGCAGAAUGACACUAAAAGCACAGAAAGUGCGCACAUCAUACAGCGCAGAACCAGCAAAAACCUGAGGUCCAAUACAACCUCUAGGUGUGCAGUGGACAGCGAUGUAAGUCUCCGUGUUGCGCAAUCGCUGGAGAAAUACAAGCCGCUAAAAGAUUACAGCAAUGUUACCGAAACGAUGCUGAAGAGGAUGGGGAGAAGCAAAAGGUUCGCAUCAGUUCCCAGGUACGUGGAGACGCUCUUAGUGGCGGACGUGUCCAUGGCGCAGUUCCAUGGAGAUGACCUAAAACACUACCUCUUGACAUUGAUGUCAGUGGCAGCGCGGCUCUACAAACACCCCAGCAUUCUUAACGCCAUCAGCAUCGUAGUUGUGAAGAUCAUGAUUAUAUCCGAGGAGGACUUAGGACUCAAGGUGUCCAGCAACGCAGCCAUGACUCUGCGGAACUUUUGCACAUGGCAAAAAAAGAUGAACAAAAACAGCGAUAAGCAUUCAGAUUACUGGGACACUGCGAUCCUUUUCACUAGACAGGACCUGUGUGGAGCCUCCACCUGUGACACUCUUGGCAUGGCAGAUGUUGGCACAAUGUGUGAUCCCAGAAGGAGCUGCUCUGUGAUUGAAGACGACGGCCUACCCUCAGCCUUCACUACCGCUCAUGAGCUGGGACACGUCUUCAACAUGCCACACGACAACGUGAAGGCCUGUGAAGAUGUGUUUGGGAAACUGCAGGACAACCACAUGAUGUCCCCCACGCUUAUUCAGAUCAACCGCACCAGUCCCUGGUCUCCCUGCAGUGCUGCCAUCAUCACUGAGUUUCUGGACAGUGGCCAUGGGGAUUGCUUGCUUGACCAGCCUCAAAGACCGCUGGCCCUCCCUGAUAUGCUGCCGGGAGCUCCAUACAACCUGGACCGUCAGUGUGAGCUUUCGUUCGGUGAAGGCUCCAAGCCCUGUCUCUUUAUGCAACAACCAUGUGGCCGUCUGUGGUGUACAGGGACGUCCAACGGCCAUACAGUCUGUAUGACUCGGCACUUCCCUUGGGCAGACGGCACCCACUGUGGGAAUGGACGGGUGUGUGACCGAGGUGUCUGCUCUGACAAACAGAUCCAAAAUGUGAAGGUGGAUGGCCGCUGGGGUAAAUGGAGCACAUUUGGUUCCUGCUCACGUACUUGUGGAGGUGGCGUCCAACUGUCUAAAAGGGAGUGUAAUAACCCAGUUCCCUCACAUGGGGGUAAAUACUGCCAAGGUGUUCGAGUCAAAUACCGCUCCUGCAACUUGAACCACUGCCCUAACACAGGUAGGACUUACCGUGAAGAGCAGUGUGAGACCAGUGGCCGCAAUUUCAACAGUAACCGUAUCGACCCCUCUGCGGUGUGGGUCCCCAAAUACUCUGGAGUGUCUCCCGAUGAUAGGUGUAAACUCAUCUGCAGGGCUAAUGGCACAGGUUACUUCUAUGUGCUGGCACCCAAGGUUGUGGAUGGGACUCCAUGCUCCCCAGACUCCACAGGAGUAUGUGUACAAGGAAAGUGCAUUAAGGCUGGAUGUGAUGGAAAAAUUGGCUCAACCAAGAAAUUUGAUAAGUGUGGAAUUUGCGGAGGUGAUAACAAGGGCUGCAAGAAGGUGUCGGGACUCUUCACCAAGCCUGUGCACGGCUACAACUUUGUGGUCACGUUACCAGUGGGUGCAGCCAACAUAGACAUCCGUCAGCGAGGCUACAAGGGAAUGAUAAGUGAUGACAACUAUUUGGUGGUGAAGAACAGCGAGGGCCAUUACCUGCUCAACGGGAAUUAUAUUGUGUCUGCUGGGGAGAGGGACAUCAUCGUAAAGGGCAGCCUGCUGCGCUAUAGCGGUACAACUGGUCUCUCAGAGACUCUGCAGGCUGUGAAGCCCUUGGGAGAAGCCCUGACUGUGGAGGUGCUGUGUGCAGGCAAGAUGACGCCCCCUCGAAUCCGAUAUUCCUUCUACCUUGCCCGUCAGAUCAAGGAGAGUAAGACUCAGAAGAAGGAGGGGCAUUUAAAUUCCCACAACAGUGUCCUGGCUGAGGACAGCGUCAAGGACAAAGAUGGAGACACCCUGAAGAUCUCUUACAGCAAGGAGGAUCCUGCUCUGGGGAAAUGGAUAUCCACAGUCUGGGGAAAGUGCUCAGUCACCUGUGGCAGCGGGAUCCAAAGGAGGAUGGUGCAGUGUCUGACACCGGAUGGGAAACCAGGGUUGGACUGCAAUUCUUCACAAAGACCCCCAGCCACCAGGGUUUGUGGAGACCCAUGUCCUGAGUGGUAUAUUGGGCUGUGGUCACCGUGCUCCAGAACCUGUGGGAAGGGCUUCAAAAGACGGCCACUGCACUGCAAAACCCAAACUGGGGAUCUGCUUCCACGGGACCAGUGCACUGGCUUACGUAAACCACAGGAGCUGGACUUCUGUAGCCUAAUGCCUUGCUAGUGACUAAAACCUAUAAACUACAACUAUUUAUCAUGUUUUAAAUGGACAGAAACAAAACCACCUGCAACUAUAAGUAGAUCUGUCAGGUGCAGAUCCCCCUGCCCCCCUCAUGUGAGACUUUCUUGGAAGAACAAUGAGAAUAUUGGAAGCACAGUGAAAGCUGCAGGAUGAAUGCUGGAAGACAGAUUUUUCAAAUCAAAAUCAAAUCAAAUCAAAUUUUAUUUGUAUAGCACCAAAUCACAACAAAAGUC